GUACCAAUUUACUUGAACGCCAUUAGGCUCCACCGUUAGAUCACGGAAGCAGCUGAACUACUUUGCGUUUCCACCGUUGGAUCACUGAAGCCACUGUGCUCUCUCCCAUUCCGGAGAUAUUUUUCUACAGCCUUAACACAGAGAGAGAAUAAUAAUCUUUGCGUCUCUUGGCUUCAGUUUAUCUUUAUCUUGCAGUUGCUCCGAGGACCCGUCAUCGGAAAAUGGGCGAAACUGCGGUGAGUAGUGACGGCGGCGUCGGCGGAGGUGCAGUGGAGCUGGACCGUCGAAAAACAGAGGGGAUGGAAUUGCUGCCGGCGGCGGAGCAGAGGAAGGCCGAGGAAGGAGACGGGUCGGGGCCCGCAGCCGCGGAGGCGAUGGUGAGGUGGGAGAGAUUCUUGCCCAAAAUGGUUCUCCGAGUGUUGUUGGUGGAAUCUGAUGAUUCUACCCGGCAGAUCAUAGCUGCUCUUCUCAGGAAAUGCAGUUAUAAAGUUGCUGCAGUUGGUGAUGGUUUAAAGGCAUGGGAAGUGCUAAAGAGGCGGCCCCGAAAUGUAGACCUCAUUUUGACAGAAGUCGAUCUGCCCUCGAUCUCUGGAUAUGCCCUUCUCACACUUAUCAUGGAACAUGAAAUCUGCAAAAACGUUCCCGUUAUAAUGAUGUCUGCACAUGAUUCGAUUAGUACUGUCUAUAAAUGCAUGUUGGGAGGAGCGGUUGACUUUCUUGUCAAGCCAUUAAGGAAAAAUGAGUUGAGGAACUUGUGGCAGCAUGUAUGGAGGAGACAAGUUUCAAGCAGAAGUGGGCAUGGACAAGGUGAGGAGAGUGUCGUGCAACCGAAGGUCGAAGCCACAGCUGAAAAUGAUGCUUUUAGUAACCAUUCAAGUGGUUUUGAGGUUUGUAUUGAAAGGAAUAGGGAAUGCAUUGAGAAAGGGAGUGAUGCUCAGAGCUCUUGCACAAAGCCAGAAAUUCAAGAACCUCAUCCAAUUGCUUUGGAUGUUCAGUUGAGGGAUCCCGACAAUCAAGUGGAAGUAGCUAGUGGAGAAGACAUGAGUUCCUAUGAAGCAAGAAUGGCAUCUUCUAAGCAGGCCAUGAGUUUGAUUGGAUCAUUUGAUAACUACACGAAAUGCAAUUAUGUUUCUGGUUCAAAUGUUGGUGAAAACAAGGUUGCUUCUUCGUCUCCUCCACUGGAGCUUUCCUUGAAGAGGUAUCCUAGUGGUUCUGUCAACCAAUUUCCAGAUGAGAAGCAUAGGUUGAAGCAUUCAGAUGUGUCCGCCUUUACUAGAUAUGUUAGCAAGGGGGCGCAGCACAGAGAAUUGACAAAUCAACAGAAAGACGAUGGUCAUAAUUCUGAUUCUCAUGGUCCAACUAUGAGCUCCCAAAGACAUCUCCAAACCCCAGUAAGCAAUGGUGUGAGGUUUGAUGGUCUAAGCAAUAACUCCUACGGUUUUAUGGCUUCUUCAUUGCAGUGUCCAGUUUCAGCUACCCCACAGAGUUCUUUCCAGGAGCACCCGUUUAAUUGCUUUAAUAAUCAAGCUAUACACUCCCAUCAGCAGUGUAACGGUUUAAGUGAUCAUAAUGUCACUUCGGGAAUCACUCAGACUGAAUACCAACAAGGUUUCUCAUCAAAAGCCGAACUGGGACAUGUUCCAUUUCCAACUGAUCAAAGUGCAAACAACAACAUCUGCAAUGGUGUCAUGAACUGUCACUAUCCUUCCAUCAAACCUACAACUGAGUAUAGGAUGGAAGAUGUUUCUGCUGUCCAAGAUGGGAACUCCCAAAAAUUACUACGACAGGCUGCACUCAACAAGUUUCGCUUGAAGAGGAAAGACAGAUGCUUUGAGAAAAAGGUAAGAUACGAAAGCAGGAAGAAGCUUGCGGAGCAGCGUCCACGAGUGAAAGGACAGUUUGUUCGCCAAUUUCCAAGCGAACCGCCACCGGGUGAUGCAUCAACUGGUUAGCAUUGCAAAUCAUUUAUCCAUUACCAUAAUUUACAUACUGCAUUUGUAAGUUGAGCUUCAGGGAGGAGUGGCCAUAUAAUUCGUCUCAGCCAAUGUGCAUUUGGAAUCGUCAGCAAGUGGUUGGCAUGACAGUGUAUAGAGAGAUAGAUGAGUUUUUUGAGUUAGAAUAUGGAGAAUAUAUAGUUGGGAGUUCAUUCACUCCUUGUCUAACCUGUUUGUUUCUAUAGGUUUUUAUGUACCCCCGCGGAACCUUUCUCGAGACCAGCGGGUUUUGAACACUCGUUUUGAAACGUAAAGGAAAAUAGUAGUUGUAUUUAAAGGCUUUCUUACAAAACAAAUACUCUGUACUAAUCUUCUGUACAAUUCUUAGGGUUAAUUAACACUAAACACACAUAAUAUUUGUGUUGUGCAUUGCUUGGAAACCUUUGAAUAAAUGCCAUUCCCCUAU